AUGCCGUUAAAUACUACCAUAGCCCUAACGUUGCUGCUGUCAUCCAAUGCCUCUAAAAUGGCCAACGAAACUACAGUUGCAUCACCACAGAUGGUGGACAAUAGAUUUGUUUUUAAAAUUGUGCAGAACCUUCAACAGUUGUAUGAGUUUAAGAAUUUUGUGUUUUUCAUUUCUCCCCGAUUGGCCAUUGAAAGUGAAAUUGCCGAUGAUUUUUUACAAGGAUUUUGGAAAAUGUUUCCCUUUAUUCCCACUGUGAUGAUGCUGAACAACAAAGAGUCUAUGAGGGGAUUCCUGGGCUCUUCAUCACUGUGCAUGGUGCUGACAACACAUCUUGAAGAUCCCAUCAUGGAGGUGGCUGCUUUGGCUAUGAAGGGUGUGCGUUUACUCAAGACCAUGUUUAUUCUAUUUCCCCAAAAACUAGAAAGAGCAAAAGCUGCGAAAGCUACUGAUCCUUUUCAAGAGCAUAAAUUCUUCGAAGACCUUGGGGUGUUGUAUAACUGGAUAUGGAAGAAACAAUUCAUCAAUACUCUGCUCAUAACCAUUCACAAUAAUGUCUUCAUUCAGGAACCCUAUCCCAUGCGUAAGUUGGUAAACAUCACCAACAACUGGAAUGCCCAUAGUUUCUUUGUCAACUAUCGUGACAACUUUAAAGGAUAUGUCAUACGUACACCUUUGCGUCAUGACUUGCCAAGGAUAUUUUACAUGACGCGACUACCGAAUAGCAGCAAACGUACACAUCGUGUGAGUGGGGUUUCCGGCAAAUUGUUCAUGGCCUUUUUGGGUCACAUCAAUGCAACCUUUGAUGAAUACUACAAAGAUGGCAAGGAAACUGAGCCGGUCCAGCUGGCGAAAAUCAUAGAAAUGGUGGAGAGCGGUGAACUGGACAUCAGUCUACAUUCCUAUACGGACAUGCUAAAGUCAACUGCCGGCAAUAGCUAUCCCAUCGGCAUCAAUGACUGGUGUUUCAUGGACCAGCACAACUUAAGUUUAGCCUUUUUACAAGCCAUAAGCUCCAUGCUUUUGAUUAUGCCUUUGAGGAUUUUGACAUUACCAAUUGCUCGCAUACGUUUCAUCUAUGUGUUACUCUUUCUCUUGGGAUUUCUCGUCACCAACUUGUAUGUCUCGAAGAUGGCCAGUUUUUUGACGGCGUCACCCACCGUUCCACAAAUCAGUACUGUCCAGGAUAUCAUAGACGCCAAACUGGGCGCCAUGAUAAUGGCCUAUGAAUAUGAAAUACUCAAGGAGUUUAAUUGGCCCAAACAGUUUAUGGAUCUUGUUGUCAAUGCCACUAAACCGGUAAUGGAUAAGCACAGGGAUCGCCUUAACACCUCGUAUGGCUAUGCCACGCAAACAGAUCGCUGGGUCUUUGCCAAUAGGCAACAGCGGUAUAUGAAGAAACCCAUAUUUCGACUAUCGGACACAUGCAUCGGCCCCUAUUACCAUGUUUAUCCAAUGUUGAGGGAUUCACAUUUGGCUCAACCUUUGGAGGCCUUUAUAGUGAGAUCCCUCGAGGCUGGUCUAAUACUUCAUUGGGAACGUGAGGCUUUCCAAGAUGCUUUGUAUUUGGGCUACAUGCGAAUGAUACCGGAAAAUUGUAGUAUAAUGGCUUUAAAAUUGGAUUUCUUUCGUUCCAUAUGGUAUUUAUGGUGGUUUGGCUUGAUACUGGGUAGUCUGGUAUUUUAUUUGGAGGUAAAACGGGUCACCUGGUGGAAAAUUAAAGAAUAUUCUCGCAAACUUUGUAAUAAAAUUCUUGAAUUAUAA